UAUGUCUCAAUUUAGUCUGGGUACUGCAAAUUCUCAUUGGGGUUACGGAACAACGGGCCCGUAUUCACCCUACCUAACAGGAAGCACCCUGACGAGCUGUACAACCCCCACAGCUGCCCAAUUCAACAAUCCAGCCCUGGGAUUCACCUGCUCAACAGCUGACCAGAACACCUCGCAAGACUUCUCCGGCGGCAAUCGAGACUGCGUCCCAAUGCUUCCGGAUUCCACAGCAACGGAUUUGGAUCAGCAUCUGAGCAACUUGGUGGGUACACCGCCGACACCACAAAUGACCACGACACACCAGAGUCUGCUAGGCGGAAGUGGUGGUGGUACUCAGACACCCGGAAAUGCCUCAAAUGGUCUCCUAGUUCCUCGAUAUCAUGGCAACAGCUCCAACAAUGACUAUCACGUGCACUCCAGCCAAAAUGGUCCACGGAGUCUCAGUGAUUCGUCACAGGCAGAAUCCCCAGUUCAGGAUGACCUCCUGACCUCCAAUACGCCCAAUAUUGGCACAGCCGGGGCCACAAGUGGUGCCAAUGGUGCCAAUGGAGGUGGAGGCAAUCAGAAUUUCUCAGGGAUUGUAGUGAAUCAGUCCCAGAAUUCCUACGGGACGUCCACGGGAGGUUGCAAUGGCUCAAUCUACCCAGUUCUACCGGCCAGUUUGCUCUAUUCCCAACUCUAUACGGCCGCCAAUCAGACCCACUCCUUCCACACACACUCCCUCCAGACCCAUACCCAGAAUCCUGGCGUUGGGGAGCUGCAGACCGUGAUGGAUCAUAUAACGACUAGUGGAGGAUCUACUGGGGCUAGGCAUCACCACCAUCAGACUCUGAUGCCAGGAGCUACGCAUGCAGCUGAGCUGACGCUGGUGGGGACUUGUGGGGGCGCUGUGAGGGGAGGGGAGGAUGCGGUUGUGAGUGUAAGGGGAGUCGGGAUGGGACAGCGAGGGGCUCAGCCUCAGGGAGCUGGUGCUGGGCAAACUGACAAUGGGAAUUCGGUUUGGAGACCAUACUGAGGCCAACUACCUAAUGGGGAAGUCCCUUCAGGGACGGGGAAUCCGGGAAAUAGAAUGGGAAUCGCGUGAACGAACAAUUUACAGUCUGACCAAGGAUAAAUUGCAGUGCAUAGAACAGGAUUAAUGUAAGUCAUUUUAAAAUUUAUUCCUUGUUCAACAUUUCAAAUCAGAAA